GACGACCUAUAACGAUCAAAUUUCAUCAUAAGGAAAAGAUGGCGCGACUUAGCUGUCUAGUGUGGUCUGGACUUGUACUUUUCUAUGCGUUGUACAUAUUUCAGGCACUGGCAUUGACUAGCUAUAUGGUGAUGAAUAUAGAUACACCCUAUUGGAUAUUUAUUCCUUUAUUUCUACCUGCAUUAAUGUUCUUCAGCUGUUUCGGAUGCCUUCUGCCAAAAGUACAGCACGAAAGAUCAGUUCGCUAUGUUUGGAUCGUGUGGUUAUUAUAUACUAUAAUCCUGGUGCCAGCCGUCGCUAUCAUAUUUGCGAAAGCUGUCCCGGAGUUAAAACCGUCAGAUACAUUUGGCCCGAAUGUAUUAAAAACGAUUCUUUGCAUAACGCCAGUGUUACUUAUUCUCUUGCUAAAUGUCACAAUCUCGCCUCCAAAUCGAAGGUUCAUCGAAAGGGUUUCAACUUCGGCUGCCCUGGAUUUGUUCGACAGCAUCGAAAUGCUGGCUAUCAUACUGGAGCAAAAGCAAUUCAGACCGGGUUCGUUCGAACUUGACAGUUCAAUUGAAACGGCAAUUAUUGUAUUCGUUUGCAUUAGUCUGUUUAUUUCGCCUUUUGUGUUGUUUCAACAUAAAGUAAGGUUUGGUGAAGUAAGUGUGAGAAAGAAGACAAUGGUAGCUCGAACCUCUGUUCAGAUUUUUCUCGUUAACUUGACGUUUCUUGUUAUGAGAUUCAUCGUGUGGUUCCACUAUGACUACGAUGCAUCAAUAUUUAUCACAAAGAACAUCAUCUCCAUAGUGAUAAGCGGUAUUGAAAUUAGCUCUGUCUUCGGAUUCUUCAACUGUGGUGUUGACAAUAACGAAACAUUCAACGUUUGAGACAUUUUGAAUGAUCGCAAAUAUGGAAUAAACUCAAUAAAGUUUGCAUUGCCGUUAUACAUCAUGAUUUUUGUAGUUACUAGAACUUAAAUGUAUUGCAUUAAAUUGUUAAGAAAAUUGCUAGAAGCACAUGAUUAUACGCCUUAAUGCACCCACUAUAAACAUAACCAGAUAUGCAAUGUG